UGUGCUACGCCACGUAUUGUGAUAGACCCUUUUGUCCAAUUUUAUGUUUUUAACUGCUUUUCAGAAUCCUGGAUAAAUUAGAUGUUGGAAGGAAGAAACAGAGUAGUGUCUGGAAUUCGGCUAGGCCAUGGACGAAGACCCCAAGGGGAAGGCGAAGGCGACGAACGAGGAGGCGGCGGCGCGGUACAGAGGUGUGAGGAGGCGGCGAUGGGGGAAGUUCGCUGCAGAGAUACGCGACUCCGCGAGGGGUGGAGCCCGGUUGUGGCUGGGGACUUUCGACACGGCAGAGGAGGCAGCAAGAGCUUAUGACCGAGCUGCUUAUGCAAUGAGGGGUUCCUUGGCCGUCCUUAACUUCCCCCAUGAAUACCCGCCAUUGCCCGCCUCGUCUUCAGCUCCAGUACUCGUCCCAUCUUCUUCCUCUUCGUCGUCUUCCACUGCUGAAAUUGUUGCAGGAACUCAGCCACAGAGGGGCGGAGAAGUGCUCGAGUUUGAGUACUUGGAUGACCAGCUGCUAGAGGACCUUCUUGGGUGUGAAGACAAAACUACCAAGAAAUACUAACCGCUCCCCCCCGCCCCAUCUCUCCUCUUCUUCUCCUCCUAUAUGUAAUCCAUUUUGUCCAUUAA